CAGUUGCUCAACAAGCUCAAUGCAGCAGGCAAGAAACUUGAACAUUUUUAUUUGUGAAGAAUAGUUUACUAAUAUAAUUUUUAUCUUGAACUUUGACUCAGACUAAAAGAUUUAUUUUGACAUUUGACUUUCAAUUGAAAGCUGUAAAAUUACAAUAGAAGGCUUUUCCCUCCUCUCUCCAACAAUCACUUUUGCGAUUAUGACAGACUAAUAUUUCAUCAGAAAAAAGAUUUUGCAAUUUGGGAGUGAACUGUGAAGCUUUUAUAUCUAUUGUUUGAGAAGAGUCCUAUUUCCAAGCUUCAAGACUGCUACUGUUUAGAUUUAAAUACUAAUCAAAGAAGUUUCCAGCAGCAUUACAUAAUUUUUCAUCCGAAUAACCUUAUUUAUUGUAAUGCAGAAGGACAUGGCCAAAUCUGAGGUCAGGAUGUCGUCCCACCCACCGGUGGAACUGUUCACAAGAUCACUGGGAUCCCACCCACCAAUAGAACCGUUGAUGGCAACCAACCCUCAAAUGGAACUGUGGGUGGGAUUCGUGAACCACGUGCCCUUGGUGGGCACUUCCGCCAACAUGGUGGACGGCUUCAUUGCGCUGCUCCAGGGAGACCGAAGGACCGCGGAGGCCAAGGGCUAUAAGGGCUUUCUAGAUUCAGCUGGAAUCCAUCAACUGAAGCCAGGGUCCAUCCUUCAGAACCACAAAAGCCAGACAGUAAUCGGGUGCAGCGCCAAAGUAUCCAAAGACAUAAACGACUACAUUAUACAGGCAGUACAAAAACCAGGGGCGAGCGCCGCCAUCACAGCAGCUAAGGCAGCCAAGUCAGGUGCCGAUUUGCGCAAAAACCUUUCCGCAUCUUUCGAGGUACUCAGGGGUAAACUGAAAGAACGUGGUAUAGACCUGGCCAGAGAUGUGAUCCAGGCCCGAAGGUCUAACCGGGGAGAACACGUUUUCAACAACGCCCUGCUGGGGCUAUAUGGGUCCAUAAUCGAUGUGUUCAUUCAAAGACACGUCACAGGCGGUGACAGAGUGACGCUGGUUGGCCGUAUUCCGAACAGCCGGGUUAGUGAUGCCUUUCAAGGGCACGCCCCAGACGGUGAUCACAUCAACCUGACCGCUGCUCAGAGACGAAACAUUAGCACCUGGGUGGUACACAUUCCUGACAAUGUGGUAUAUGUGCCAAUCAACAAUAUCCUGUUUGCAUACAUGACAGAAACCAUCAGCCUCAAUGCUGUUGACUACAUGCAUUUGUUUCGUCUGCAGCAAAUUAAUGAAAACGUGUUGCAUAUUCUUGGUCGCACGGUAGAUUGGAUUAAUACGCAUCGCGUUUAUCUGGACCCACAGGCUGCGGAAAUAUGGUUUACUGAAAACCCAAAUCUCAUUCCUCAGUUUCACACAACUGAAGAUGGAGUGCAGCUAAUGUUGAGGCACCUGGAUCCCCAGAGGUCAACCCUGUUACGUGACUUUGUGAAUGACCUGAGACAGGCAGGUGCAACUUUUUAUUAAUGGAUGUUAGGAGUCCGCCAUCACUUGCAGAUGCAAGUGGACCAGUUCAGAACAGAAGCCUCCUUUCUGCCUUAGUGUUAGAAUUUUAAAAUGCUUCGUGGCUUACCUCAAAACAGCUAAUUAUGUUGUCACAAAAUUAGUUUCUUUCAUAAGUGAUUUUUAUCAUCAAUAUAAAUACAAGCUGUUUAUUUCAAACUCUUGAAGCUCAGUAGAUAUGCUGCAGUGCUUUGAACUUUCGGUUUUGGGAAUACGUUUACUCGGGGUACAGUGGCUUUGGCUGAAUAAUAAUAAUAAUAAUGACCAAAAAUCAGUUCAGGAAGUUUUAUUUCCAAAUUAGUUAUUUAGUUAUUUAUAAUGCAUAUUAGAGGAAAUUUGUAACCACCGCAUAUGUUUCUAAUUGUAUUCUCUUUAGUAAAUCAACUUCUGUGUGAUCUAGUAAUUCUUUAAAGUGUAACCAUGCAUUCAUUUGUCAGUAUAUGUUUUUCUACAAGAUGUCAGAAUGUGUUGCAGAUCCUGCUGGACAAAGUGAUGUAAUUGUUUGGGUGUUGGCGACGUCUUGAAGUGCUUGGUAAAAUAAAUUGUUUGCAAACGA